AUGUCGGUCAACAAAAUGGCGAGCGGGACGCCAGCCCAUCAUCGCCACGCGACUCCGAAGCCCGCCGUGGCAGAGCGGCCGCGUGGGCAUAAGGAGGCGCCCCCGCAAGUGAUACCUAUGGCCAAUGUUAUGCCAGGGGACAGUCCCUCCGUCACGUGGGACCCAUUCCAGUCCGCUGUUAGUGUGAUAAGAACUGCUAAAGUCGCGACGAGGGAAUCGGGCGCAACGUUUCCCAUACUACCAGAAGAUGGCAGCACUAUGCAGGCCUUUCUGCUGCGCAUCGAGCGCCGGUACACCCAGAUGGGAUUGGAACUGCGCGAGUGGGGAAAUGCACUUAUAGACCCGGCUCUAACGUAUUGGAUGUAUCUACGGAGAACUAUCGACCUAAGCGACUGGGCGACAGUACAGCGCAGGCUUUUGGAGCGGUUUGACAAAACAAUGUCACAGAGUCAAUUGUUAACGGAGUUGGCUAAAGCCGUCGCAUUUCCGCGGGACUGCCCUACGUAUGAACGAGGCCGGCCCGAGCCGGUGGACAAGAGCAGUAGGGCGCUCACCCCUCCUAGCACUGAGAAGACGGAAUGA